UCUGUGGAAACCUUGGUCAUGGCAUCAACCUUAGAGCCUGUUACAUUCAGAGAGUUCUGCCCUUUGUACUAUCUCCUCAAUGCCAUUCCCACAAAGAUCCAGAAGGGUUUCCGUUCUAUCGUGGUCUAUCUCACAGCCCUCGAUACCAACAGGGACUACAUCGCGGUGGGCAGCAGCAUCGGCAUGCUCUAUCUGUACUGCCGGCACCUCAACCAGAUGAAAAAGUACAACUUUGAGGGGAGGAUGGAAUCCAUCACUGCAGUGAAGCUGCUGAGCUGCUUCGAUGACCUUGUGGCAGCCGGCACUGCCUCCGGGAGGGUUGCAGUUUUUCAACUUGUAUCUUCAUUACCAGGGAGAAAUAAGCAGCUUCGAAGAUUUGAUGUUACCGGUAUUCACAAACAUAGCAUUACUGCUCUGGCUUGGAGCCCCAAUGGAAUGAAACUGUUCUCUGGAGAUUGAACAAAGCGGAAAAUUGUGAUUUUUUGCCUCAACAUUGACCUUAGGCUUCUGGCCCUCUCGCAGGGGGUCUGCAACUCGCACUUGGUGUUAGAAGAGCCAUCUUCCAUUGUGCAACGAUAUAGCCAGAAAGUGCUGCUUGUCUCUACCUUGCAAAGAAGUCUGCUCUUUUACACUGAAGAAAAGUCUGUUAGCAGAUCGGUAACCCAGCCAAGGAAAAGUACUGGGAAAUUUGGUGCUUGUUUUAUACCAGGACUGUGUAAGCAAAGUGAUCUAACCCUGUAUGCCUCCCGGCCUGGGCUCCGGCUGUGGAAGGCCAAUGUUCACGGCACUGUUCAAGCCAUUUAUCCUAAAGACGUCUUUGCUGGAGGAGUCACACCUUUCGAGCUCUACCCACGUCUAGAACCUCCCAACGGAGGAAGUUGCAGCUCACCUGAGAGACACCUAGGGCUUGUUUCAUGCUUCUUUCGAGAAGGCUGGGUGUUGAGUUGGAAUGAGUACAGUAUCUAUCUUCUGGACACCAUCAACCAGGCUACAAUUGCUGGUUUGGAAGGAUCAGGUGAUAUUGUGUCUGUUUCCUGCACAGAAAAUGAAAUAUUUUUCUUAAAAGGAGAUAGGAACAUUAUAAGAAUUUCAAGCAGGCCUGAAGGACAAGCACCAAUAGUGAGAGAUGGUCUGGAGACAUCAGGAUGUUCAGAGCAAGUCCAUGUGCAGUGUCUGGAGAAGCCACUGGGGACUGCAGUUUCUGAGACAAGAUUCCGAGGAUCCUCUGUGGCAAGCUCAGUGGCCAGUGAACCGCGGAGCAGGAGCAGUUCACUCAACUCCACAGACAGCAGCUCUGGGCUGCUGCCGCCUGGGCUCCAGGCAGCCUCUGAGCUGGGCAAGGGCAGCCAGCCCUCCUCACAGAGAUUCAGUGUUAUCAGCUCAGAAGACUUUGACCAGGAGCUUGUUGUGAAACCUAUCAAAGUGAAGAAGAAGAAGAGGAGGAGGAGGACAGAAGGCGGAAGCAAGAACACCUGUCAUAGUUCCCUCGAAUCGACUCCCUGCUCCGAGUUUCCUGAUGACAGUCCCCAGUCCUUGAACACAGACCUGCUGUCCAUGACCUCAAGUGUUCUGGGUAGUAGUAUGGAUCAGUUGAGCACAGAGUCUCCCGACCAGGAAAGCACCCUCAGUGGAGUCUUGCAGGAAAAUAAUGACCCUGAAACAUUUAGUGUCCUAGAGGUGCCUGAAUCUGCCCCUGACUUCCUGGAUGAAGAAAAUGACAUAAGAACUGAAAUUCCACAGUGUACCCACAUGCAUGAGAUGGGGCUGCUCAAUGGAAUGUUGAAUUUACCCUUGCUCCCAAGGGAAGGUGUGGGAAGUGGAAACAUCACAGGACUUGAAGAAGAGCCUGGUCCUGCAGGCGAGACAGCAAACCACACACACCUGCCCUUCCGAGAAUGGGACAGUUCUGCUGAAGCACAUGAGGUAGAAGAUGUAGAACCCAGUGACUCCCAAAGUACUUUUCCUGAGGCCCCCUUCCUGGACUCACUCAUGGUGCCUUCCAGCCUCAUCUGGCCCCCAAGUGCUGAGAAGUGGCUGUCUGGGGCCCGAGCUGAUGAAGGCAGUGCUGAGGAGACCAGCAAAGAGAAGGAUGUCCGAGCCCAGGUUGAGGCCCCUGGCCACCUUGGCUCAAAUUCCUGGCAUGCAGUCGCUGACAGUGAUACAGGUCAGAAAGAAGCAUCCAUUCUGGAAUGUGACAUGGGAAGGGUGGAAGGACAGUUUACUACUCUGUCCUCUGUCUUGGCAGCCAGCACCCAUGAGCCUUGGCUGGAGCAGCCUUCUCGGGACCAGGCAUUGACAUCCAGUGAUGAGGAGGACAUCUAUGCAGGGCUCCCAUCUUCAUCCUCAGAGAUGAGUGUGACAGAGGUUGGAGCUAGUCGUUCUCUACAGGACCUGGGCCAGCCAGGUACAGAUGACACCACGAUGUUCAAGUCAGACCAGUUUGCAGAGAGCUGGAUGGGCUACUCAGGUCCUGGCUAUGGCAUACUCAGCUUGGCGGUCUCUGAGAAGUAUAUCUGGUGCCUGGACUACAAAGGCAGCCUGUUCUGCAGCGCACUGCCUGGUGCCGGACUGCGCUGGCAGAAGUUUGAAGAUGCUGUCCAGCAGGUGGCGGUCUCCCCUUCAGGAGCUCUUCUCUGGAAGAUUGAACAGAAAUCAAAUCGCGCUUUCGCUUGUGGGAAAGUAACCAUCAAGGGAAAGCGGCACUGGUAUGAAGCUUUGCCCCAAGCGGUGUUUGUGGCCUUGAGUGAUGACACAGCCUGGAUCAUUAGGACCAAUGGAGACCUAUACCUGCAGACAGGUCUCAGUGUGGAUCGCCCCUGUGCCCGAGCCGUGAAGGUCGACUGUCCAUACCCACUGUCCCAGAUCACAGCCCGGAAUAGUGUGGUGUGGGCACUGACAGAACAGAGAGCACUCCUGUACCGGGAGGGUGUGAGCAGCUUCUGUCCCGAAGGGGAGCAGUGGAAGUGUGACAUCGUCAGUGAAAGGCAAGCUUUGGAGCCUGUUUGCAUAACUCUGGGAGACCAGCACACUCUCUGGGCCCUGGAUGUCCAUGGCAAGCUGUGGUUCAGAACUGGCAUGGUUCCCAAGAAGCCCCAAGGAGAUGAUGACCACUGGUGGCAGGUGAGCAUCACAGAUUAUGUGGUGUUUGACCAGUGCAGCAUAUUCCAGACCAUUAUCCAUGCCACACACUCAGUGGCCACUGCGGCCCAAGUGCCCGUCGAAAGAGUGGCAGAUAAACUGCGCAUGGCAUUCUGGUCUCAACAGCUUCAGUGCCAACCCAGCCUUCUAGGGGUCAACACCAGCGGCAUCUGGAUCUCCUCGGGCAAGAAUGAAUUCCAUGUGGCUAAAGGAAGCCUCAUAGGCACUUACUGGGAUAAUGUUGUUCCCCGGGGGACAGCUUCUGCAACAAAAUGGGCCUUUGUGUUGGCUUCUGCUGCUCCUACCAAAGAAGGAAGCUUCUUGUGGCUGUGCCAGAGCAGCAAGGACCUGUGCAGUGUCAGUGCCCAGAGUGCACAGUGCCGCCCUUCCACAGUGCAGCUACCCCCCGACGCAGAGAUGAGGGCCUAUGCUGCCUGCCAGGAUGCGCUGUGGGCCUUGGAUAGCCUUGGUCAGGUGUUUAUCAGGACACUCUCCAAAAGCUGCCCCACGGGCAUGUACUGGACGAAGCUGGACCUCUCCCAACUAGGAGCCAUAAAACUGACAAACUUGGCAUGUGGAAAUCAGCACAUCUGGGCCUGUGAUUCCAGGGGUGGAGUUUACUUCCGUGUAGGAACCCAGCCCUUGAACCCCAGUCUGAUGCUUCCGGCCUGGAUCAUGAUUGAGCCACCUGUCCAGCCUGCUGGGGUCACCUUGGUUAGUGUCCAUUCCAGCCCCAAUGACCAGAUGCUAUGGGCACUUGACAGCAGAUGGAAUGUGCACGUCCGAACCGGAAUCACAGAGGAGAUGCCUGUGGGGACAGACUGGGAGCAUGUGCCAGGGUUGCAGGCUUGCCAGCUGGCACUGAGUACCAGGACCGUGUGGGCCCGCUGUCCAAAUGGUGACCUUGCCCGCCGCUAUGGUGUCACAGACAAAAACCCUGCUGGGGACUACUGGAAGAAAAUUCCCGGAAAUGUGUCAUGUUUCACAGUGACCUCAUCAGAUGAGCUGUGGGCAGUGGGACCCCCUGGCUACCUCCUCCAGCGGCUCACAAAGACAUUCAGCCACUUGCACAGCACCCAGAAGAGCAGCCAGGCAGCCACCCCCCACCCUGAGGACCUGGAGGAUGAGUGGGAAGUCAUCUGAAGGAGCCUGGGGCAGCAACUCAGGAGGGAGGAGGCAGAGGCUCUAGGAUGGACACUGCUGGUUUCCAAGUUGCUCAUCUGUGACAUGCAUCAUCAACCCUUGUCCAGAUACAGCUGCCAAGGCAGGACACCCCACACUUGAUUUCAUCCUGAUUUGUUUCGAUCUCAUACCAGAACCCACAGCCUCAGCCACAUGCCCUGAGCUGUUGCUGUAACAGCAGCGCCUUUGACAUCUUGCCAAGGUCACCUCCAAGUGGGGACAGUGCACCUGCAUGCCCUAGCUUUCAUGUGCUGCUGUAAGUUCUCAGCAGCAACUCCAGGCCCUGUUGUGGGAGAUGGUGACACAGAGAGCUUCCAUGGGCAACAAGUCAGAGCCAGGAGCUGGGGACACACCUAAGGCCAGUGCGGGCAGCAGGGCCCCCAGGACAUGUCCCCAUCAGUAUCCCCAGGCUAAACAAAGCUGCAUGUCAGAGCUCUGCAGUCACCAGAUGUGCUUGGCGAUGGCAUUGUCUCCAUUACAGGAUCCCCUUGCAUCUCUCUGAUGGGAAGGCAGAUCAUCUGUGGGGGAGAGCGCUGGGCUGUGUAGGGUGGAGGGCACGCGCACACGCACGUGCGCACACCACCUCACCUUGCUGCCCACACACAGGUGCUGCCCGCCUCAGCCAAAGCAGCAAAGGCCAGUGGGUGCAAUGGAACCUGAGGGAGGUAUGUAUACACAGCCUCUGGGGAGGCACAGCCUACAGGGGCAGCGCUGGCCAGACAUGGGGAACUGAGCCAUGGUAGCUGACUUAGAGAAGUCUGUGGAGUGAUGUUUAAUGCUGCUGGUGGCAUCAGAAAGCCAGACGCAUCCUCAGAGGAUGACUCUAAUUAUUGCCUUUUUGUUUGUUGUAUUACAAACCUGCAUAAGAUGCAUAAGAUACCUCAUUUGAAAUCAAAUCUUACAAAUUUAGAAGAGAAACAUAUCUUCUGAAAACAGUGGAGGGCCUUUUGUUCCUUCCAGUGGUUUACCCUGAGCCUGUCCUGUCUUGGUUGUAGCUUCAGAGGGGUGGCUGUCCCCAGCGUGUCCUCCACUUGUAGUCAGCCAGUGCCCUCAGUGGGUGUGGGGCUUGAUAACCAAGGAGGUGGAACCAGUGCUUGCCAUUGGCAGUUGCUGUGGCCAGGCACACAGUGGUCCUUGGGGUCAGCUCUUCUUUGGGGCUUCUAAGCUUCAGGACCAGGCUGCCCUCCCCUAUAGAGGUAGCUCCAUGACACUGCUCAGGCUGGCUGCUUUUUUUAGCCUGCCUGUAGCCCAGACCUGUUUUCUACUAAGCAUGUAUGUCAGGGAGCCCCCAGGCCACAGGUGAAGGGUACCAACCAGCAGUGAAGAGAGAUUUCCAGGUUUCAGUGAAGAAUGAGUGCUGAAACCCCUGAUCUUCACACUUCGCUUUUAUAGAACCCCUUUUGUAAAAGUUCAGUGACAGCAGAGAUGGCCCAAGUUGGCUGCUCUUCUACUGCAAAUGCUGUGCCUUGCCCGGCUCCUCUCGAUGGCGGCACUCUUAGCCCCUGGGACUAUAGUGCAAUUAAACCAAGUCUAGUGGAUACUUUCACACUAAUUUUCACUUCAGUGCUUUGAUGAUUUUCUUCCUGGUUUUAAUUUUUAGUUGUGCUUUGAGACUGUGCAAUAAACUAGAAUUUUCCAAACAUAUGAGUCUAAUGCUUGAGCUAGGAGAAGGUACGUCACAGAUGCUCCUGAGGGCUGUGCUAAGAGAUCCCGCUAGCCUGGCCCAUUGCCAGCCCGGCAGUGCCACCAGCUCUCAUGACCUGGUCAUUAUUGGAAUAUGCACCAGUUUGCCCAGGUGAUGUCAUGGGUGAUGACUACUCCAGAGCUAGACACACCCUCUGCUGGCCCUGGCAAAGAUGUCCUGAAUGAGGCAGAGCCCAACACUGUCUCCUCAUGAAGUCAACAGCAGCCUUUGGGGGUUCAAGUCCCUGGUUCUAUGUCCCCAGCCAACAAAACCAUAUACCAGAAGUGCCCUACUGGAAACUAACAUUAAAAAAAAAAAAUUACCUCGAGUGUCCUGGGAAAUGACCUAAACAACAAAUGUCAGACCUGGGUCAAGAAACAGGGAGACUUUACAGAAGACAGAAGAAAACUUGAAGAAAGGGAGACAUGGCUUCCUCUCCAGGUCAAAAGGCUAAACACAUAUGCCAAGACAUCUGUCUUUAAGAAAGGAAUUCGCAGGUGCAGCACUUCCAGAAUCACCACUGGGAUGUUCUUCUUGAGAUGGAGAUUCUCAAAAUCAGCAGUGCCCACAGACACCCCAUGUUCAUGCUAGGUUUUUCCAGCCUCACAUCCUCCUCACCAGAGCCCUGAAUCCAGUUAGCCUCAGGAGAU